CGGCGUUGAUGCUCUGCUCACCAUCACUCUCUCCACCGUCUCUGUCGCACGAGUCUCCCUUCUAUUCAUAGCCUUUUAAGAUACACACCAGCUUUUGAAGAGCCUUUGAUUCGUCAUCCGGCCGCCCCUUCAUCCGAUCCGGCCAUCAACAAGUAACCCAACUUGCUCCGUGAACCGUCAUGGCCCGCAUAGAUCCUCAGACAGCUACGGGAGCGGCUCGCCGAGUUGGAGUACUAAAUGCCUCUGUCAGGCGUGGGUCUCCAGCAAUGACCUCGCGUCCCACAAGCGCCGGAGCGUCCACCACUCCCGCGCAGUCAGGUAAUCUCCCCGCCACCUCUGAUCGCGAGCCUUCCUCCGUUGCCGGUGACCGCCAAGCCCGUCUUAUCUACGUCAAGAGUCAUGUAGCGAUUCACCCAACCCAACACCCUCGCGACAACAUCACUGGCCUGUUGGGCCUGGUGGAGGUCGAUCGUGAGGUUCCGCAGGCGCCAGACUCGGGCGCCUCCACUCCCUCCUCGGGCAAAGAGAUUCUUAUCGUGUGGGUGCCGGACGAGCUGUUCAAACGACUACCCGACGAGGACAAGCGCAAGUACGAGCGCAUCGAGGGCCGCCCACAAGGAACGCCAACGGAGGAGGACGGUUUUGUGUUCGUCUCGCUUCCGGCUCCGAAGGGGGAAAAGUAUGCAUUUUCCGUCCCCAUUACGAGCAUUUACAGCAUUCUAGUUUACUCCCCUAGCCGAACGUACUACUGGUAUGGCUCCGCUACCUUCAACCUGCUGGGAGGCGUCUCCUUACCUACUCUCUACUUCCACGAUGACCAGACCCCGCUUGCAACUACUCAGAACCCCAAUGACCCCUCUUCAUCGCAGUGGGGCUUCCCUCCAUUCCUCAAGGUAUUCCACCGACACGCCACACUACUUCGAUCGCGCUUGAUUACCCCGACCAAUAACCGCGGUGGCGAGCUCUGGCUUGUCAACCCCAGCAAGGCGGACCGCGAGGUGCAUGAGGCCGGAUAUGAGGAGAAGGGCCAGUGGCACGGUGGCGACCAGACUCCACCUGGCGCAGCAUAUCCUCCACCAGCUACACCGUACCCAACCCUCUUCUCAUCAUCAGCAACAUCUCCCCGGGACUCGCUUCUUGUAAGCUUGUCGAACAUCACCAACAUGGCCAGGCACACUGCUCAGAAUGUGCUCAACCACCCGCUGGCCAAGCCCGUCGUUCCGCACCUCCCUCCGGCAUUCCGCAGCUUGGUACACGCUCCGGGCGAGUGGCAGAGCAGCGUGCCGCCUAGAACAGGCAACUCUAGAAGUACUGAUGUGGCAACUGAGUUUGAGGCAGCCCGUCUAUACCUCGCGCGCUGGGCGCGCGUGGUCGCCGAGGAAGGCGAGCGGUCGCGCCGCGACGAGCUCGCCGCUCGUGCUGGUGGUGGCGACGCCAGUACCGAGGAUUUCACUUCCCUUGGUGUAUUUUCGCUCCUGCCCGGUAAGCGCAAGAUGUCCAAGCCAACGCGCCACCCCGAGCGUCCAAUCACUGCUGAGGAGUGGGACGACUUCAUCGCCACUGGCAAAGAUGAGCAAUUUGUCCGCCAGGAGAUCUUCCGCCGCGGAUUCUCGGACAUGCCCAAUGACCAGGGUGCGCGCCGCCGCGGUUGGGAGGUGCUCCUCGGUGUUGUGCCUUGGUCGGUUGAGCUGGGGCCUUCGGGCCUCGACCGGUUGUCGCAGCGUGCCGAGCGUCGUGACGAGGUCCUUCGCGGUAGAAGAGAAGAGUACGAGCGCCUGCAUCAGGGGUGGCGUGAGAAGACGAAGAGUAAUGAGACGCCAGACAACUGGAAGGAAGAGUGGCAUCGCAUUGAUGUCGACUGUCGUCGGACAGAUCGUACUCAGGCCUUGUAUGCGGUAUUACCAGAGGUCGUGGCUGCGGGCGACGAGGAGAAGGAGGGCGGUGGCGCCGGUGCGGACAUCUGGUCGCGCGACGACAAGGAGGAGGAGGGCGGUCACGCGUCGUUGAACCCUCACAUUGCCGAGCUGCGUGAAAUUCUCAUGACCUACCAUGUCCAUGCGCCUGACCUAGGCUACGUGCAAGGCAUGUCGGAUCUCCUCAGCCCAAUCUACUGCGUAUUCGAUGGGUCUGCCCCCGAGGCGUUCUACGGCCUCAUCGGGGUGAUGAAGAUGAUGGAAUCCAACUUCCUACGCGACCAGAGCGGCAUGCGCCGUCAGUUGAGCACAUUGCAGCAGCUCAUCGCCUUGAUGGACCCGGAGCUGCACGCACACCUGGAGCGCACCGGAUCGCUUAAUCUCUUCUUCUGCUUCCGCUGGAUCUUGAUCGCGUUCAAGCGCGAGUUCAAGUUUGAGGAAGUGAUCCGGUUAUGGGAGGUGCUGUGGACCAACUACUACUCGGACAACAUGGUGUUGUUUGUCGCAUUGGCGGUAUUGCAGAGCCACCGCGACGUUAUUAUCCGCUACCUGAGCGAGUUUGACGAGGUGCUGAAGUACGCAAACGACCUUACGGGGACGAUCGAUCUCGACACUACCCUCGCCCAGGCCGAGGUGCUUUUCCUCUCCUUCCGCGACAUUGUGUCGGAGAUUGACAAAGAGAGCAGCGCCGACAGCGAGCUCCGCCAGCGACGCGGUUCGCCAGCUGCGUCCGCGAACGCGACUGCGUCAACAUCAGCGUCCUCGACAGCAGUGGAGCAGCGACCGACAGCGCGCACCGUCAGCCCCGAAGUGCGCGAGCUGCUCCGCUGCUGGACGCCCGAGACCGUGUCUGAAAGCCUCAUCUAACACCAGUUGUUUCUUUGUAUAAUGAUCACGAUGCGUUCCGUACAUCUGGCCGGGACCCAUACUGAGAUCUCUGUAGACUAGCGCGCAUGAUUCUCUAGUAGCUCUUGAUAGUCUGAUAGACACGAUACGCGUCAUUUCGGAGCUUAUCGUGGGGCCAAGGGUGUCAACGCCAGUCUGUCUCCGACUCUAUGACACAGGAUGACUAGCCCCCAGGUCUGCUCAUUCAAGGAUGGGUGAAGUAUGCAUGUAUACAGUGUCCGAUGCCGUCUACAGCUUGCCGCGCUGAUACGUCCACCAGAUUCUGGGGGCGAGCUGCCAGUCGUGCUUGGCAAGUUCUGGCGCGAACACAUCAAAGUCGGCCUUCUCCAGACGGUGGAGAUAUCGCUCGGCGGGGACAGCAGCCAGGAAGAUGGGCAUGCACUCCUUG